GGGGCGGUGGAGCGGCCGUGCGCCUCCUCGGGCCGUGACCCCGGGGUCUGGCGCGGGGCGGGACGGGGCAGGCAGGUUUGCGCAAAAUGUGCCGGGGCUGCCCGGGAGAGGAGCGGCGGCCGCGCUGAGCCAGGCCACUUGUCUGCAGGCCUGGGGCCUCCCCCUUCAGCACUCUUCACCUCGCCUGGGCUGCUCAGCCCUGUGCUGUUUGUCCCAGCUGAGAAAGACUAUAAGUCUCCAGGGUGCCUUCACAGCCAUUCUCAGCUUGAUCAUCACAACUGUCGGGGGCAAACAGCGGCAAAACAGGAACCAGGCUACUGGCCCUACAAUGGGACACUGAGGCUCUGAAAGGUUAAGGGACUUGCUCCAGGGAGCAGGUCUGGUGAACAGUAGAGACUGGAUGGGAGUCUGGGUCUCAAUGAUCCCAAUCCUCCCUCUUGAGAGUGAGUAGCCCUCACAUGCUACACACUGUGUCCGGGGUGCUGCCAAAGGGUGCCCACCACCGAGGGGCCCCUUUCUGUUAGAUGGCAGGGUGGAGGUCCACAUGCUGCAGGGAGGGGCCCUCCUGGAUGCUCAGAUGCCCACCUCGGGGAUAGGAGGGAAUUUGGCAGGCAGGGGAGGGGGAAACGAGUGCCCCUUUGGGCAACAGUGCCCUCAGGCUCCAAGGCAGGAAUGCACUUGCUGUGUUUGAGGAAUGCCGAGAAAGCUAGAAUUUGGUGAGGGAAGGGCAAGUGGUAGAUGGAGUCAGAGAGGAGAUUGUAUGAGCCUAGAUUUUAUGAGAGGUUUUCAAGCAGUGAGAUCCAUGAUCCAAUAUAUGGUUUAAAGUCAUCACUCGGGCUACUAUGCGUAGGACAGACUGAAAGAGCUCAGGGUGGAAACAGGGUGUUGCUGGGGUUGAGGCCCAGUGUCGUGUUGCUGCCUCAGUCUGUGGCAGUGAUGGAGGAGUGAGGUAGGCAGAUCCAGAGUCUAUUUUUUAGGGAGAGCAGACAGAACCCACUGAUGAGGGGAAGGAGUGUAGCAGGGAGGUGAAGGGAGAGUCCAGGAGGAAGACUGCUCUCACCAGCGUCACCAUGUCACCAAGGCGCCUCUUGUCAAUUCUCAGUGCCUUCCCCAGCCUGCAGUGUGAGAUGGGCCCCAGAGAAGAGUGAGGCCCCUCUGCCCUGGGGGCACUUCCCAUAGUGGUGGUGGCGGGACAGGCAAAGGGAAGGGAACCACGGAGUGCUGGAAUGCUCGGUGCCAAUACAGAGCCCAGACUUGGAGAACCAGAGAAGGCUUUUUGGAGGAGGUGACAUCUAAGCUGAGACCCAAAGGACGAGGAGGUAUUCAGCACAAGAUAAGGGAGGAAGUGAAGGUUUGGGGCACUGAAAAGAUGCUCAGAGAACUGAAGGAAAUACGAGGCUUCCAGAAUACAGAGUGGGAGAAGGGACAGAGAGAAAUGAAGCUGGAAAGAAGAGCUGGCCCAGCAAGGCAUACUCCCCAAGGACCUCAAAGGCCCCUCUGAGGGGUUUCCACUCAAUCCUGAGUACACCAACAUUCAAAAGGGUUGUGAUGUUCUGCUUUUUAAACAGCAGAACAAAAUUUCCUGUGAAAGCCCAACCUGUAACGCAGAGCCAUGAGCCACCAGAUCCUGUUACUUCUGGCCGUGCUGACCCUGGGCCUGGCUACCUCCCAACACCAAGACAAGGUGCCCUGUAAGAAGGUGGACAAGGAGGUCUCGUGCCAGGGCCUUGGCCUACUCCAGGUCCCCUCGGCGCUCCCACGGGACAUCGAGGUCCUCGACCUAUCUGGGAACCAGCUGCGGAACAUCCUGGCCUCGCCCCUGGGCUUCUACACAGAGCUUCAUCACCUGGACCUGAGCGCUAACGAGAUCAGCUUCCUCCAGCCAGGUAUCUUCCAGGCCCUGCCCCUCCUGGAGCACCUCAAUCUGGCCCACAACCGCCUGGCAGUGGGCACGGCGCUGAGCACUGGGGGUCUGGGUCCCCUGCCACACCUGACGUCCCUGGACCUGUCUGGGAACAGCCUGUACAGUGGCCUGGCGGAGCGGCUGCUAGGGGAGGCACCCGCCCUGCGCACCCUCUCGCUGGCAGAGAACAGCCUGACGCGCCUGGGCCGCCACACCUUCUGGGGCACGCCUGCCCUCGAGCGGCUGGAUCUGCACAGCAACGUGCUGAUGGACAUCGAGGACGGCGCCUUCGAGGCCCUGCCCCACCUGGCGCACCUCAACCUCUCCAGGAACUCCCUCACCUGCAUCUCUGACUUCAGCCUCCAGCAGCUGCGGGUCCUGGACCUGAGCUGCAACAGUAUCGAGGCCUUUCAGACGGCCCUGGAGCCCUGGGCCGAGUAUCAGCUUGCCUGGCUCGACCUGCGGGAGAACAAACUGCUCCACUUCCCUGACCUGGCUGCACUCCCAAGACUCAUUUACCUGAACGUGUCCAACAACCUCAUCCGCCUCCCUGCUGGGCCGCCCCAGGGCGGCGAGGGCAUCCACGCACCUUCCGAGGGCUGGUCAGCCUUGCCCCUCUCCAACCCCAGCCGCAAUGCCAGCACCCAGCCCCUCUCCAAGCUCUUGAAUCUGGAUUUGAGCUAUAAUGAGAUCGAGCUCAUCCCCGAGGGCUUUCUUGAGCACCUGACCUCCCUGCGCUUCCUGAACCUCAGCCGGAACUGCUUGCGGGCCUUUGAGGCCCGUCGCGCGGGCUCCCUGCCCUGCCUCGCGCUCCUGGACAUCAGCCACAAUGCACUGGAGACGCUGGAGCUGGGCACCAGGGCCCUGGGGUCUCUGCGGACACUGCUCCUACAGGACAACGCCCUGCGGGACCUGCCCCCGUACACCUUCACCAGCCUGGCCAGCCUGCAGAGGCUCAACCUGCAGGGGAACCAGGUCAGCCCCUGUGGGGGCCCAGGUGAGCCUGGACCCUCGGGCUGUGUGGCCUUCUCUGGCAUCUCCUCCCUCCACAUCCUGAACCUGGCGGACAAUGAGAUGGAGACGCUCCGGGCAGGCGCCUUCCUCCACACGCCACUGACGGAGCUGGACCUCUCCGCCAACCCUGGGCUGGAUGUGGCCACAGGGGCCUUGGCGGGCCUGGAGGGCUCCCUGGAGGUCCUGGCCCUGCAGGGCAAUGGGCUGGCUGUCCUGCAGGUGGACCUGCCCUGCUUCAGCUGCCUCAAGCGGCUCAAUCUGGCCGAGAACCGCCUGAGCCGCCUACCUGCCUGGACGCAGGCUGUGUCCCUAGAGGUGCUGGACCUGAGGAACAACAGCUUCAGCCUCCUGCCAGGCAGUGCCAUGGGUGGCCUGGAGACCAGCCUGCGGCGCCUCUACCUGCAGGGGAACCCCCUCAGCUGCUGCGGCAACGGCUGGCUGGCGGCCCAGCUGCACCAGGGCCGCGUGGACGUGGAUGCCACCCAGGACCUGAUCUGCCGUUUCGGCUCCCAGGAGGAGGUGUCCCUGAGUCACGUGCGUCCCGAGGACUGUGAGAAGGGGGGGCUCAAGAACGUCAACCUCAUCAUCAUCCUCACCUUCGCACUGGUGUCUGCCAUCCUCCUCACUACGCUGGCCACCUGCUGCUGUGUCCGCCGGCAGAAGUUCAACCAGCAGUACAAAGCCUAGAGAGGCUGGGCGCUGCAGACCAGCUCUGUCGGGAGACCCAGCCAGGUCAGUGGGGGAGCCAGAGGCACGGAGAAGGGUGGGGACUGACCCAAGAUCACACAGUGAGCCAGGGUGCAAGAACCCUGGUCUCUCAGUCCCAGCCCAGGGCUCCUUUCCCUGCGUCCUGCUACAUCAGUAGGUGACCCACUUCUCAGGCCACACGUGAUCCCUCAGUGGAAGCCAGAAGUUGGGCAGUUUCAGGAGUGACAGAGUGUAAGGUUGACCCAUCGGAUCAACAAGUCUUCAGCAGGCAUCUGUUUUGUGCCACACCCUGCCCUGAGCGCUGGGGAUGCCAGGGAACGAGACACAUCCCAGCCCUCAGCAUCGCCCAGUCACAGGGCAUGCAGUGACCACACGGAGGGUGGAAGCCAGGGUUCCAAAACUCUGCAGCCCCCGCUGGCUGAAUGCAGAUAAUCCUGCCCCGGCUGGGCCAGGGCAAGAGAGGGGCAAGACCGAGAGGAUUUGUCUGAGACAUUUCCAAGCAGACUAUUUGUCACAUCUUCUGAUAAUGACUUUCAGCUUUUCUGGAACAUAAAGAGCUUGUGACCGGAAGAGAGCUGGAGCUGCUUGAGUACGGCUUGGAUCCAGCACUGUUAGGCGAGCCGCAGCGGCUCCAGCAGGGACUGGUUAAGAGGCGGUCUCCCUGGGCUCCAGCCUAGUGCUGGACCCUUCCAUUUCCUGCUCUGGACAGGCUCGUUGCUACCUGGCACUCUCGUGUUGCACACACUGGCCCAGAUACUGCCCUAGCCCCUCCUACUCCCUGCCCGGGCCCCCUGCUCCAUCCCAGCCCCACCCUGGCUGGUGAGCUAGGAGUGAGAACCUUAGGUAUCUGGUUCUGUUUUGCACCACACUAGGCAGUGGUGACAAACCCAAGCCUGCAUCUGCCUCUUUAUGACAACCCUCUGAGGUUGGUAUUUUAUCCUAUUUUACAAGAGGCUCUGAAAGUCUCCCUCCAGGGACCUCCAGCUAAGAAAUGCCAGAACUGAGCUCCAGGCUCACAUCCUUCUGAGUCCAGAGCCUGAGCUUGGCCACUGCAGGGGCUGCAGGCUGUUAGGUGGACAGGAAAUGGCCCCACAUGGCCGGAACAGGGCCCGGGAGCAUCCUGUGCUGUGCACACCCACCCGCUCCUCUCCCUCCUCUCUCCCAGGCAGGCAUAGAGAAGACAGGCAGCCACAGGCCCUCGCCUCCUUCUGUGCCUCAGUUUCCCUUAUUCCCUCAUUUGCAGAGCGGAUGGGCUCUCCUUUUUUCUCUUCUUGCUCUUGCGUUCCCUCCUUCCCUCUCCUUCCGUUGAGUAUAGCCUGGAGUUUGAGGCCAUUGAGUCCAACCUCCCUGUUGCACAGAGAGAGAAGCUGAGACUUAGGAAGAGAGUGGAGCUGCUCAAGUGAGUGGCAGAGCCUGUGGAAAAAGGGUGGAUCCAGACCUCACUGAGGGGGUGGGGGUGGUGUUGGGGGUUGGACCUGAAUGGUUUGCUUCUGUCUCAGCUGUCACAUCACAAGAUGAUGCUGGCUCCAAACUCUCUUUCUGGUCCUUAUCAUGCAGGGAUUUUUUUCCCCUAGAAAAAUGGGUAGAAAAUUCCAUCCAGAUAUAACCCCCUGUUUCUCAUACCCAUGGAAAAAUCGUGGCUGUCUGGGAGGAAAGGAAGCCCUGGGAUCAGCCCAGGAACCAGUGUCACUGUCUUCACCCUCUUACCUGUGCUUGGCCGACAGUCAGGCUCACGACGGUGCUCAGUAAAGUGUGAGAUGAUGAAAAUGGCCCUCUCUCCACCCCAUUUUACAGAUGAGAAAACUGAGGCCCAGAGAGGGUUGAGGACUCAGGGAGUCAACGGCAGAGCCGGGGCUAGAGCCUCGUGGCCUGGCCCCAGCCGGGGGCCCUGGUGGUGAGUGGGGCAGCCGGUGGGUCCAGUUCUGUUUGGGAUCAUGACCACAGGUGCUCACUGCACACAGACACUCUUCCUCAGGCCUGGAGGGCAAGGUGUAGGCCCCUUCAUGCCUGAUCUUUGAAAACACUACACGAUGCUGCUCUCACCUCCCAGGAGCCAGGCCACAACCCAGGCCUCGGAACCAGCUCUUUGUAUAACCCUCGUGAAUGUAUUAAAAAGUGAUUUUGGAGAAACAGUGCAUCCUGCUGGCCUCCUCCUUGCUGCAGGUAAUAGGCAUCAUCGCGUCUACUUGAAGCCUGCCCUCCUCUACUUCCCCUCCAGCCUUUGAAGCCUUGCAGCAAACCCCCCGGGAGACAGGCUGAGGACUGUUGGGUGGGAGACGGAGGCUCUGGGUCAUCACCAUCCUGGACCUUGGUGCCUCAGCCCCCAUCGUGUCCCCUGCCACACUCAGCAAACCCUGCUCCCCUCCCACCACUGAGAAUAUGGUGACUUCCAGCAGGAACCUUUCCACGCCUUUCCCUCCCCUGCAGCUCUGUUUUCUCACUUUCCCCUCCUUUCAGCCUUUCCUCUCUGCUUCUUCCUCUCAGACAUCAGCUGUGCUCAGGUCUUGCCCAUCUUAAACACAGUAAGAAGACCCUUAAGCCACUUUCCCCUUUCCUCUCUCUACUUCACGGGUAAAC